CCGUUUCCGCAUCCGUUACGUGUUGUUGCGCGGCCAUCUUGGUUUGGCUUCGCGCUUUCUCGUUGUAAUUUUUCGCGAGUAAUGUUUGAUUACACUUAAUUUCCGUUAUUAUUGUGUGUGAAUUGGAAUAUAGUGAUUUGUGAACAGAGAGAAAUAUUAAAAACUGAAUUAUGGAUCCGGCUAAGAUGAAAGUUGUGGAUCUAAGAUCCGAGCUUGGCGCCCUCGGUUUGGACACCAAAGGGAACAAGCCGGCUUUAGUUGAAAGAUUGAAGAAAGCACUAGAAGCAAAGUCAGGAAAAGUACUGCCUGACACAUCAAUACUCGACACGUCUACAGAAGAUGCAGAUCUGCCAGCUACUCCGAGGCGUACUCCUGCUCCUCGAACGACUCGGAGAUCAUCAUCCUCGAGGCUCGCAGCAACUCCUGCUAAGAUAGUUCCAGUACGUGAAGAACCACCACAGCCUAUACCCGAGGAGCCGAAGCCAGGAGAGCCAUACUCACCCAGUCAGGAAGAUUCUGACAAUGACUCCCCACCUCCCGCCAAAGAGGCGCCUAAACCUGCACCUGUGUCUCCCCCCAAACCUGUGGCCCCCCCCACGCCAGUCGCGCCUCCCGCGCCUGUCGCCGCCCCCGAACCUGUCGCGGCCCCUGUAGCCCCUCCUACUCCUGUCGCGGCCCCUGCUCCCGUUCCUGCGCCCACACCGGUCCCGGCCCCUGAGCCUGUGGCAGCACCUACGCCUGUGCCGGCGCCUGAGCCCGUCGCGGCUCCUGAGCCUGUCGCGGCACCUGAGCCCGUCGCGGCACCUGUUGAAGCAACAGAACCUUCUCCUAAAAAGAAUAAAUCGCUGACAGAAGGAGAAUCAGAACCAAUGGAAGUGCAAGAAAGUGCAAAUGCUGAAGGGGAGGCUUCAGAUAAAAAAGUUAAGGAAGACAAGAUGGAUCAGGAUGGUGAAGAAAAGGGUGAUGAAGAUAAGGAUGACAAAAAAGAUGAUCGAGAACGUGAGCUAACUGAAGAAGAAGAAUGGGACCAAUUAAACGAGCGCCUGCGGAUCCGUGAACAAGAACGACUCGAACGUGAACGGAAACAGGCCGAGGAAGAUGCCAAGCGGUUGGAGGAACUUAGUGAUGACCCAGUCAGGCUGAAUCGUUUGAAGCGCAAGCAUGAAAAGAAGGCUCGGUGGAGUAACUUCUACAGGGCUGUGGAAGUCACUAACGAAGUACUUACACUGCCUGAGGAGGCCCAUUCCAAUAAAGAGAGGAAAGAGUCAACUGAAAUUAAAGUACCAGAGCCUGAAAUUGAUGAAAACAAAAUAACUCUGUCUUGGUACGACAGUGACCUGAACCAGUACAUGGAAGUCCCAGAUUUGAACAGCGUGGUGCCGCUGAGCGAGGGUGCCUUUGCCCACGCGUGGGCCGGCGCCCGCGCCUCACACGGCGUCAAUGCAGGACGAGUAUGCUAUGAGGUGCGAGUCGGCACAGUGGCAACCACAACUGAAAGUGCUGAGAAGGAGCCUGUUGGCUCUGGACUCAGGAUAGGAUGGUCCACUGAUGACUCGUCUUUGCAUCUUGGUGAGGGUGAGCUGAGCUGGGGCUACGAGAGCUCGGGCCGCGCCGUCACCAACUCCGAGUUCAAGGAGUACGGCAAACAGCUCAGCGAGAAGGAUGUGGUUGGCGCUUACUUGGACCUGGAAUCGAAUCCAUGCAAGAUUUCCUACACGUUAAACGGCGUAGAACUGGGUACAGCCUACGAGUUUGACAAGUCAGUUCUCGACGGCAAAGCGCUGUUCCCGCAUAUACUCACCAAGAAUAUGUGCUAUAAAGUCAACUUUGGUUAUGAUAAAUACAACAUGUUAACGAAAACGAAACUCGUUCGCAAACGAGUAGAGAUCCCGGUAGAACAAGUGUUAGAAGAGAAGAGAGCUAUAGAAGCUGAACUGCAGCGGCAGAAGGAAGAGGCCGCGCAGAAGGAAAAGGAGAGAAGGGAGAGAGAGAAGAAGGAGAGAGAGGAACGACAGAGGAAGAAGAGAGAGGAGCGUGAGAAACAAGACCGCGAACGCAAGGAGAAGGAAGAAGCUGAGAGAAAGGAAAGGGGUGAAGAUCAGCCUGAGACUGAAGGUGGAGACCAAGACAUGAGGAGUGAGAAGGAACCAGCUCCCGAAGCUGGUGAGGCAGCCGAGACUGCUGAAGAAAAUGCUGACAAACCUGAUGAGCCCAAGGAGAACGGUGACAAAGUGGAAGAGCAAGAACCAGAGCAACCGGCCGAGGUUAAACCUGAGCCGAUGGAGACGGAGACCAGCGACGCUGCUGCUCCUGAAAACCCUGAAAAUGACGUUAAGGAGGAGCAGGAACCAGAGGGUGAACUCGCAGAGGUGACAGAAGAACAAGUCCUGCAAGGCCAUGUGCUCGACAAGAGAAUCAAAUUCGUUAUUCGAUACACGGCGGAAGAAGAACUUGACGGCACGGAAGUAGAUCUGGUGCCGGGCUACGUGUUCAUUAACCAAGCUGACCUCGUCGACGGUCCCGCCCGACCCAACCGCAUUGCUGACUGUGAGGCGAUCCUCAUGGUGGGCAUGCCGGGCUCGGGCAAGACGUACUGGGCCAAGCAGCACGCGGCGGCUCAUCCCGAGCGUCGCUACAACAUCCUCUCCACAGGGGCUCUCUUCGACCGCAUGAAGGUGGACUGUAAGCCCUUCCGCGCCAGCUACGAGGCCCGCUGGGACGCUAUGGUGUCCAAGUGCGCUAAAUGCGUGCUUAAGUUGUUGGAAAUCGCCAAGGGACGCAAACGGAAUUUUAUCCUCGACCAGACGAAUGUAUAUCCGUCGGCCCAGAGGCGCAAGUUGAGGGAAUUCGACGGGUACCGGCGGGUCGCGGUCGUGAUCGUGACCGACGACGAGACGUACCGCGACCGGCAGAAACGGCGCGAGGAGGCCGACGGCAAGGAAGUGCCCGACGGGGCCAUUGUGGACAUGAAAGCCAACUUCUCGCUGCCCGAGAAGUGCUCGUGGCUAGACGAGGUGCUGUACCCCGAGCUGGACGCCGAACAAGCCAAGCUCAUCGUGGAGGGCUUCCACAAGGAGGCCAAGGCCGCUGGAGUGGUGAGGGAACGCGAGCGACGCGACAGGUCCGCCACCCGCGACGCGCCGCCGCCCAAGCGACACCGCUCCGGCGACAAGCGACAUCCCAGGGACGAUAGACGCAGGGACUUCACGCGAGGAGACAGCAGGGAAGACCGUUGGGGCGGCAGCAGCGGCAGCGGCGGCAGCAGAUGGGGCGGCAGCACGCGAGGGUCCCGCUGGGGCCCGCGCGACUCGCGCCCGCCCGCACCCCCGCCAGCGCGCUUCGACCGGCCCUGGCCGCAGGGCCCGCCGCCACCUAACAGAUACGACAAUGACUUCAACCGCGCGGGCGGCGGUCGUGGUCGUGGCGGUUCCGGGCGGCCGGACCGCGGCGGGCGCGGCGGGGCGCCGGCGGGCGGCGGCGGCGACAGGUUCUCUCGCGACCGACACCACCGACCUAAUGAUAGGCCUGAUAAGCGACACCAUCAACCUGGCGGCGGCAACAAUGUGGGUGGUGCUGGAUCAUGGCAGCGCGGCGGGCAGAUGGGCAACCGCGGCGCCAUGCAGCCCGCGCGCCCGGGGCAGCCGCCGCAUGCCAGGAAUGCGCAGCCCAACCAGAAGGAUGGACCAAAUCAAAACCAGAAUCAGAACCAACAGAAUCAACAAGGAUGGAACCAGUGGGCCGGCGGAUGGGGAGGAUGGGGCAACUGGAAUCAAAAUCAAGGUUGGGGCAACUGGGGUAACUGGGGCAAUUGGAACCCUCAGCAGCAGCAGCAACAACAGCAACAGCAGCAGGGAGCUCAAGCCGGCGGCACCCAGGCCGGCGGCAAACCCGGCCAGCAGCAGUGGCCCGCCAACUACACCGCGCAGCAGUGGUACCAGUGGCAGCAGUGGCAGCAGCAGCAGGCCGGCUGGCCCGGGUAUCAACAAGGUAAUCAGGCUGGCAAUUCGCAGGAAGCGCAACAAGCGUGGGCACAAUACUAUCAGAACUACGGCGGCACGAACGCAAACAACGCCAAUAACGCGGUCGCCGGAAACGACAAGAAGUGAUCCCCUCUCCUCAACGGUACCGCGCGUGACGUCACCGCCGGUACUCUAUACACGACACAAACAAACAUCUCUAUUCACCACGAAUAUAUUCCUGUAUACACGUAGGACAUACCCAUGGAG